CCCAUCAUCCAUAAUCGAGAAAAGCGAAACACCUUCGUCCAUCACGGUUCUCGAAAGUAGUGAAAUGUAGUGCAAUUUUCAGGUGGAAAAACGGCGAAAAGUUGAUUAAAAUUAGGUUUAAAGUGAAGUGCGGAACGUACGGAUUCGAUUGUGGAUGUUUUCCGGUUCGAACGAGACGUAUCUUCAGUGGAAAAGUGACGUGAAAAAGUUUUCAUUUUUGGGUCGUGUCUGGUCGAGUCGUUCGUUCAAAAACGGAGGACCUCGGCAUGAAUGGCUGCUGCUGCUUGCAUCGAACUUGAGCUCUGUCGAGGGUAGAAUAUUAGCGGAGCGAAAUUCGAGCUCUGAUCAAGCCAUCUCCAACUGCACCAAUUGAAACCAAAACGAACACACUGACGUCGUCCACUGGCUUAAACGCGUUCCACCUCGUUGCUGCUGCGCCAAGUGCCAAGUGACUGCAAAACAACAGUAAAUCAAAAAGCUGCACCGAAACGAAGGGAAAAGUUCAAACACCUCUUCUAGGCCAUCGCAUAAAACUGCCACAAUUAAUUAGUUACUAGGCCUGGAAAGAAUAUGGGCAAGCGACAUGCCGUGGAGAUUGAAAAUCACCUCUACGAAACACCCCAGAAACGCCAGAAGGUGUCCUUCGAAACCCCCACCAGCUGCAGUCCGGCUUUGAAUGUGAGCUUCCAACUGACGCGGGAGUUUGUCGACGGAACCGUACUGACGGAUCUGUCGCUGAAGGACUGGCGCAUCGGGAAGCCAAUAGGCAAGGGAAGUUUUGGGGAGAUCUUUCUCGCAUCGGACAACAUUACCAAGCCAGUCACAAGUGACAAUGCCAAGUACGUGGUCAAGAUCGAACCCCACUCCAAUGGGCCUCUGUUUGUGGAGAUACAUGCACUGCUCAACACGGCUAAAAGAACAGACACCAGUCCCAUUCCCCCGGGCAUGCCGGAAUACAUCGCAUCCGGGUCGCACUACUUCAAGGAUGAGCGAUAUCGAUUUCUGAUCCUGGAACGCUACCAAAGGGAUCUGCACUCGUUGAUCCGAAACAGACGGGUCGAUCCGAAAAGUAUUCCAAUCAUUGCUUGUCAGAUAUUGGACGUCCUGGAGCAUUUACACGACAAGGGAUACGUGCAUUCGGACAUCAAAGCGGAAAAUUUGAUGAUAGGGAAGGUUCCCAUUUCGGAGUUGGACAACGUCAAGAGCGCAAGACUCGUGAUCCAAAGUUCUACUCCUAAAGUUGACCAAUUGCCAGCUCCCAAAAAGACUGCACCCGAUGGUGAAGGAUAUAAUGGUUUGCUUACCUCGACGCCGACGGUUAUGGUGAAGAAGGCAGUCGAGUUCAGUGGAUCGAAUCCGGUGCGGUCCUGCCGGGGAAAUGGAGUUGCCGAGUCGGAGACCUACCAGAAUAUGGUGAAGUCGCACUAUCUGCGUCCGCUGAAGAACAUCGUGUACCGGGAUGACAGUGACGAUGAGGAUACGAAGAACAGAAACAACAAACGCAAGCGAAAGAAGGAUGGAGAUAGCAGCAAAUCAUUCUUUUAUCGCAUUACGAGUAAAAAUGUGGGUGAAAAUUUUAAGCAAAUUGACGUGCAGAUCAGUCAAAAUGGGUCAACGUUUAAAGUGAACGGCAAGCAAGAGGAUGACAAAAAGAAGCACAAACAGACUCCCACCGGUAAAACCGAAGAACGAAUUCAUUUGAUUGAUUUCGGUUUGGCGUCGAAGUUCAUGGACAGCACGGGGCAGCACCGACCGUUCUUCAUGGACCAGCGACGUGCCCAUGAUGGUACGCUGGAGUUCACUUCCCGGGAUGCGCAUAUGGGUGCGCAUGCGAGGCGAAGCGAUUUGGAGUGUUUGGGUUACAAUCUCAUUUUCUGGAGCCGUGGAUUUCUCCCAUGGAAGGACGAAAAAAUGCUCAACCAGCCGGAACAGGUGCACCGCAUGAAGGAGUACUUCAUGACCGAUGUUCGGGAGAUGCUCAAAACCAUCUACGGUGAAGACUGUCCCAAAUAUCUCGGCGACUUCCUGCACUACGUCGGCGGAUUGACGUACGACGAGCGACCGGACUACGACUAUCUUCGGUCCCUGUUCUUCCAGGAGCUGCUGCGACUGGGCUACAAACCCAAGUCUCGCCUCAAACUCGUAAUCGAAGACAUCGUCAAACACAGUCAGAAACUUACCACACAGGACGAGGCGGAAUCCACCAACAAAAUCAACCACGUCAAAUCGUUGAUGAAGUUGGGGGUGCUCCCGUACCGUGAAAGCACUCUGCACAACAAAACCACAUCGCCGAAGAAUCUUCGCUCCAAACGAGACAGCACGAGAACUCCGGCCGACGGGAAAGUGAACGGAACAAAAGGUUGCUCUACCGCCAAGAAAGAGAAGAAAUUCUGCUGGUCCGACAUCCUCAGCACCGAUCCGGACCAAAUUGCACGCGAGCGGGCGGAGAAGGAAUUCGAGCGGGCCGAUCAGAUAGAAGAGGUUGUGAUUAAAUAUAGCGGCAAUCCGACGUACGCGAUUCGCGAGCUCGAAAACAAGACGUCGAACGCUUUGGACUACAUAGAGAGCGAAGACUACAUCAAAGGGUACACCAAACCGAUGAUGGAUAUUCUGCGGAAGCGACAAUCGCAACUCAUGCGGGAUAUCACCAGGGCAAAUGGAUUUAGUAGUAACGGUGUUAAGAAACCACCCGACGUCAAGGCGCGGGAUAAGACAGUCCGUGUUGAAAAACCGGAAGAAGUGGAAAAAGAAGACGAUGAAGAGGAAGAAGAAGAAGACGGUAGUGGUAAUGAGGCGGAGGAGAGUGAAGACGAAGUAGCAGCAGAAGAAGAGGAAGAAAGUGGUGAAGAGGAAGAGGAUGAAGAGGCAGAUUCCGGAAAUGAUGAUGUUGAUAGUGAAGAAGAGGAAGAAGAAGAAGUACUGAAAGUGAAAACAAAGCAGAUCCAUGAUAGGAAAAAGUUAGCUCAGGGUAAAAAGCAGCUAGUGCGGAAAUUGGUUCGAACAACGAAGACCCCAACAAUUAGGAAAGAAGAAAGUGACAGUGAUUUUAUUAAUGACGUCGAAGAAGAGGAAGAAGAGGAGGAAGAAGUAAACUUGUCGGACGUUGAAGAGCAGGAUGAACAAGCGGAGGACCAGGAGAUGGAAGGCGCAGAGGAAGAAGCACAGUCGGAAACUUCUGAAGUGAUAGGUAAACCGCGUAAGAUCCGAAGACGGCAGCUGAUCUCGGAAAGCAGUGACCAUAAGGAUAGCGACUUCAACGAUCAAGAAACCUCGGAAUACGGAAGUCGAGAUUCCCGUGGACGAUGGAAACCAUGUAGGCGAACAAGACUGAAUCGGGAUCGGUCCAAAUCCGAUCACCAACCCUACUCAAAAGCCAACGCCGGCAGCAACAAAAAAGUUCCUGUGAUAGCCCGAAAUAAUAAUAAUAAUAAUAACAAUAACCACCAUCACCAUCACCACCAGAAGCCGUAUUACGGCGACGUGGACGAUUCCUCACAUGAUGCGCCGUUACAGCGACACGAGCGGCAACAGCAGAAGUACCGACUGAUGAAACGUCGCAAGUCCGGCCUCCGGGAGCGGAUACGACCGACCGCGCGUAGCAUCAACUAUCAGGACGAUUUGCAUCAGAAAAAAUGCCGUAAAACGUCCACCAAGCGUUACAGCGACGAUGAGGACUACUGCCAAGUUGAUGAAUCUUCCUGUAGUUCAACCCAUUCGUCCGUGUCCGCCAGUUCGGCAGUCAGCGCCGGUUCAAACUUUUCCGAUUAUGCCGCGCCGAAACGGAAAUCUUCCCGCAAACGUGUGAUACAAACUUUUUCCAAUAGCAGCCGAUCGGUCCUGUCCUCCAACUCACGGUCCUCUUCCGUAAACAAUGUGGCAGUUAAUUGCGGUGCCGCAACAAACGGUCACGGACUCUAUUCCGGUCGUCGGGUAUACCCGGACGAUGAAGAUGACUUCUUCGACGACGAUGACACCCGAGAUAUGGAUUACAAUCCGGUGAAGCGGAAACCUGCACGGAAAUUAAUCACUCCUCGGAAAAAGAGGAACGGCGAAAGCAAAGGCGCAGCUGAGGCAGCAGAAAGAGUCUCAACAACGGUUAACAACACUGCUGCUGGGUCAACAACAAAUAGCGCCACCACAACCGGCGCCAUAAAAAGUGGUGUCGUAGCCGGGCUUCGGGGCAGGCGCGACCACACGAUCCGUGCCUAUACCCGGGGAUAGUUGGCGGUGGGACGCCGGCGCUCAAAGGACACCCCUCAUCAUCGCCUGGAUUGCUGCGGUAGCGGUGGUGCUGCGGGGCGGCCAACCUCCGGCAAAGCUACUGCUCGUAUAGAGGAGCGACGGAACUACUACAGUUUCCGCGAGCCGAAGACCACCCGGCAAGUAUACGCGUUGUAAGUGGGAAGUGGGGCUUGAAAAAGGUAAUCUGAGAAGAAACUUGAUUUUUGCGCGAAUGGCAAUGUUCUUUUAUUUGUUAAACUAGCAAUGCUCGUCGAUAUUACAAGCAACUUGUAUACAGGCAACACUGGAUUCGGAUUAGUUGACCAAUGUUUUGCAGGUAAUCGCUAAGUUAUUGUAUCCUUUUCUUUGAAAAAAUCAUCCACCGAAAAGUUUGAGAAGAGUUUUGUACAUGAAAUCGAAAUCAUCCAGAAUCUUUUUUAUAAUUUUCACCUGUUUUAAAUUUUUUUUCGUUGUGUUUCCGUAAUCUUGCCAUUUUUUUCAAAUAUUUCAAAUGAACAAGAUUGGAUGUCUGUCUUUAUUUAAAGAGCUUCGUUUCAGUAGAAGUGUUCCUAACAGUUCCAGUUGUCGAUUUUAUUUGACCGGUGUUGGACCUUCCGUUUGGAUCUCCCAAAGAAAUAAAAAUGUAUGUAUAUGAUAAUGACCUAAUGCAACCUUGUUCUAUUUGUAGAGCACAGAACAACAUAAAAGAAGCGGCAUCUUUGUAAGAUACAAGUCUGUACUUUUCAGUAAUAUUCCAAUAUACAUAAUAUAAAUAGAAUCUAUCAAAUUCGUGUAUUUGUAGUAGAUUAAAUAAAUUAAUGAAAGAAAGCUAAUUAACCCUCGGGGAACUGCUAUAGGAAUAUGAAGCAAUUUUAAUUCAAACUCGUUGAAAGAAAAAUCUUGUUGGGGUUUGCAUACCUAAUCUCGAUAAUACGACACAAUAAUCCCAGUUAGUGACUAAUACAGCUUUUAAUAGAAAUCCAAGAUAUCUACCGUACGACGUUAUUCAAGGCCCAAAUUGUUAGUAAACUGAAAAGAAUCUCCUCAGAAAAAAACAUCCAUUCUGUUGAAAUUUUCGUUUCGUAGAAAAUCAAAUCAGGUGCAAGUUUCGUGGAAAAGUCUUGCACCCCUAGCUAAAAUUCCUAUAAAAACAAAUGCAAUCAAACUGUUAUUAAUGGUUGUUUCCGUUUGCCGCCUCGUCGAGCGAAUGUCGAUCAAUCUCCUUUGUUGUUGAUUAAUCACCGACCCUCCCUUCCUCUCUUUUGUACCAACCCUUUACUGUUGAUUGUGAAUUACGGAUGUAAUUCCCCCUUGUGCAUAGAAAUGCCGAAGUAACAAUUGUAUAGACAGAAUAAAUUUAAUUUAGAAACUCGUGAAUGCUAUUACUUAUCAAAAUAAAGUGAGCUGCGUCAUCCUAAAAAAUAAAACAUUAAGCAAAUAAUUAUGUAAACUAUUAUAAAAAUAAAAAGCAACCUUAUGCAUUAUACCACAAAACAUUUAGACAGAGGUAGUAAUGAAGAAAAUAGCAAACACUGAAGAGAAUUCAAAACUCAGAAAGCAGAAAUUAUUCUUAAUAGAAAAUAAAAACAAGAUGAAAGAAAAUAAUAAACCUGUAUUAUAGCUAAGUAUGUAGAGAGAAGCGUAUAAAACUGAUUUGAACCAACCAUGCGCAGUGCAAGUGUCGAUCAAAUUCAACAAAUACUAUUAUUACUAAAUAUGUGGUAAAACAACAGAAACUAAAUAAAUCAUUAUAAUAAUUCAAACUGA